AUGCCCAUAACAGUGAAAGAACUCGAGGAGACGCCUCUCGGCAACACUCUCAUUGGCUUAACUGAAAAGACACUUGGCGAGGUGUUCAAAUCGCUGCUGCUGGCAUUCAGUGCUGAUUCAACUGCCAGCCAGGCCACUGGUGCCGAGAAGAGCUCAUCUCGAAAGACAACAGUGCCACGAUAUGCCCUAUGUGGCAAUUGCAAGGAAGAUUUCGACGUUACGGCCAAUACAGACAAGAGUUGCUUCAGUGAGGCCGACCAAGAUUCGCAUCUCUAUGAGGAUCUUGACGACUGGAUGGAAGCGGAUACUGAGGAGAAUCGCGAGGAAUGGCCUGAGUGUUUCAUUUUCCUCUGCUGUGAAGAGAACCUCGGAGAUAACCCCCAUGGAUGCAAGGUUGAUUUCCAUCGGCGGCCAGAGCCAAGCAACAGGUUCAAGAGGGCGCGAGUGGCAUAA